AUGGCUUUCACAACCACCGUUCUUGUCACAGGCUCUAAAUCUGGCAUCGGGAAAGGAUUGCUAUCCGCAUAUGUUUCUCGCCCGAACACGCUCGCCAUUGCAGCUAUCCGAGAUGGACCAGAUUCUGGAGCAGCCAGAGUUUUGACCUCCUUACCAGUGGGACCAGGGAGCAAGAUUGUGGUCGCAGAGUACGACGCUUCUUCGAGGACAGCGGCCGUCGAGCUUGUCAGUUUUCUCCAAUCCACCCACGAUGUCAGCUCUCUGGACAUCGUCAUCGCCAACGCAGGCAUCUUGAAACACUUUGGACCAGCCAAAGAGGCAUCGCCAGAGACCAUCAGCGAACACUUUGAGAUCAACUCUUUGGCGCCAAUCCUGCUCUACCAGGCCACUCAAAGACUCCUGGACGCCUCGAAACAGACACCCAAGUUCUUCUUUAUGUCUUCCAACAUCGGGAGCAACGGCCUCCAAGACCACUAUCCACUGCCUAUGCUUGCUUAUGGUCUAUCAAAGACAGCCCUCAACUGGGCCGCGAGUCGUAUCCACCGAGAGGAGGAUCGGAUCGUCAUCGUCGCUAUGCAACCCGGCUGGGUCCAGACAGCAAUGGGGAACAGGGCGGCCGCACACGCCGGGAUGAGUCCAGAAGACGUCCCGGUCACAUUGGAGGCGUCUGUGAAUGGCUUGAUCACAGUCUUUGACAAAGCAGAUAAGGCCACUUAUAGCGGGAAGUUCUGGGAUCAGAAUGACGUCCAGCAGCCUUGGUGA